GUCGCUUGUGAAAAUUUCAAAGUCGUUUGUCACGGCGGAGGUGGUGGGAGCUGACACAACAUGUCCGCGGCGGCUUUGAAAUGUCUUUGCUGCGGCUCUUCCAGCGUUGUAGAGGAGGACCAUUACACUCAACGUCAGAUGGUGUGUGUCGACUGUGGCGCUGUGGUGUCCGAAGGGGCUCUCACUCACGAUACUUUCGAAGGCACAGAUAUCAGCUACAGCCGCACAACAGCUGUGUCUAAAAAGCCAUGUUUAAACCAGAGGAAAGGCCAGCAGCAACUAACAGCCCUCUGCAGAGUCCUGCGGGUCAACAGUGAAAUCGAGAGGAUAGCGAGCGAGUAUUUCACGCAGGCUUAUGAGCACGAGAGCUUCCUGAAGGUGAGCCUGCAGAAGAAGGAGACUCUGGUUGGCUGCUGCGUGCUGGUGAGCUGCAGGCAGCUCAACUGGCCCGUCAGCAUGUGCACCAUCGCAUGCCUGCUGGAGGUCGACAUGGCGAUGGUGGGCGGCGUUUACCAUGAGAUGAUAAAAGUUCUCCAGCUCGAAGUGCCGCACAUCAGCGUUAGCGACGUGAUGGAGUCUCAUUGUAAAGAGUACAAAAUUAGCUCCCUCGACUUGCCCGAAGGCCUUGCCGAGGACCACAGGGACAUACAAGAACGAGCCUUGUCCCUGGUAGAGCUGGCCGCCGACUCCUGGAUCGUGACCGGACGCAGGCCCGUACCCUUAAUGAUGGCGACGGUCUACUUGGCCUGGCAGUCUCUAAAACCCAACCUUGUUCGCCUCAAUAUGUCCCUGCCAAAAUUCUGUCGUAUCGCCAAGGUGAGACAGAAUCAGACUGCCGCCAAGAGAGUGGGCGAGAUCAAGAGUGUGCUUUGCAAACUGGGGAAGGAGAUCCCUUGGGUGACGGAUCCUGUUACGUCGGGCAAUGUGGUCAGGUACGUGGAGGAUAUUGUCAAGAACAGAUACGCGUUACUACGGCGGGCUUUGAGGAGCCACGAGCAGGCCAUGCGGGAGGAAAGUCAACUCUGCUGUGAAGAGGCAAAUCCCUCUGAGCCCGAAGAUCAGAUUUUAUGCGCAACCAGUCAACGUUCUGAGAAGUCUAAACAGCCAGGAGAGGGUAGAGAGUUCAAGGCUCAUCAAGAUCUAGAACCCAACUGGGGUAAGAGGAUGGUUUUCGCGCCACCGUGUGUGAUUCACGCUAAGCGACGGAGAGCGGUGGCAGAAAGACUCGAAGGCAUAACCGGUGACGAGGAGAUCUCGGACAGCGAAAUUGACUCCUACAUCCGUACCCCGCAGGAGGCCAGGGAAUUUGCUGCGGCUCAGAAGGCUUGGGUGUCACAGAGCGACCAGGCCGAAUGCGAAUAAUGAAAAAUGGAGCUACUGUACUUCUGCAAUUAUGCACUUGUGGAUAACUGUUCUAAAUCACACAAGAGAAGGUUCUAUUUUCUUUUUACAAUUUUCCUUAUCUGACUGCAAUUAUAUUGUUCAUUAAAAGUUUUU